AUGAUGGCCUCCACGAGAGUAGUCGUGCUGGACGUGUUUCGGGGAGAAUGGCUGGUGUCAGACCCUGGUCCAUUGACAGCCAGCGAGAUCCGGCGGCGCUUCAUCGCCUUCUUCCAGGAGAACCAGCACACCUACGUGCACUCUUCCUCCACCAUCCCUCUGGAUGACCCCACGCUGCUCUUCGCCAACGCCGGCAUGAAUCAGUUCAAACCAAUCUUCCUCAAUACUAUCGACCCCUCGCACCCGCUCGCCAAACUGAACAGAGCUACCAACACUCAGAAGUGCAUCCGAGCUGGGGGCAAGCACAACGACCUGGAUGACGUGGGAAAGGAUGUCUACCACCACACCUUCUUCGAGAUGUUGGGGUCCUGGUCCUUUGGGGAUUAUUUCAAGGAACUUGCUUGUAAACUGGCUCUGGACCUUCUCACCAAGGAGUUUGGCAUCCCCAUUGAAAGACUCUAUGUCACUUACUUUGGUGGAAAUGAAGCUGCAGGACUGCAGCCAGACCUGGAGUGCAAGCAGAUUUGGCUGGAUUUGGGGCUGGAUGAGAGCAGGAUUCUGCCUGGCAAUAUGAAGGAUAACUUCUGGGAAAUGGGAGACACGGGCCCCUGCGGCCCUUGCAGCGAGAUCCACUACGACCGGAUCGGGGACAGAGAUGCUUCACACCUGGUCAAUCAAGAUGAUCCCAAUGUCCUGGAGAUCUGGAACCUGGUGUUCAUACAAUUCAACAGGGAAGCUGAUGGGAGUCUGAAACCUCUUCCGAAGAAGAGUAUUGAUACUGGGAUGGGUCUGGAGAGGCUGGUUUCUGUGCUGCAGAACAAGAUGUCCAACUACGACACUGACCUUUUCAUUCCUUACUUUGAAGCCAUCCAAAAGGGCACUGGUGCCAGGCCCUACAUGGGGCAGGUUGGGGCUGACGACGCAGAUGGCAUAGACAUGGCCUACCGUGUGCUCGCUGACCACGCGCGGACCAUCACGCUGGCCCUGUCUGAUGGGGGCAGACCUGACAACACUGGCCGAGGGUAUGUGCUGAGACGGAUUCUCCGACGGGCUGUGCGCUACUCCCACGAGAAACUCAAUGCCCCCAAGGGCUUCUUUGCUACUCUGGUUGAUGUGGUGGUGCAGUCACUGGGAGAUGCCUUCCCUGAGCUGAAGAAGGACCCAGAUAUGGUGAAGGACAUCAUCAAUGAAGAAGAGGAUCAAUUUCUAAAAACGCUCAGCAGAGGACGUCGCAUCCUGGACAGGAAAAUUCAGAGCUUGGGAGACAGUAAAAGCAUCCCUGGUGACACUGCCUGGCUGCUCUACGAUACCUAUGGAUUUCCUGUGGAUCUCACUGGGCUCAUCGCCGAGGAGAAGGGCCUCGUCGUGGAUAUGGAGGGCUUUGAAGAAGAGCGGAAAAACGCGCAGCUGAAAUCCCAAGGCAAGGGUGCUGGAGGGGAGGACCUCCUCAUGCUGGACAUUUAUGCCAUCGAAGAGCUAAGGGCCCGAGGGCUGGAGGUGACUGAUGACUCGCCGAAAUACAGCUAUAUUUCGGAUCCAAGCGGUGCCUAUGAUUUUGGGAGUCUCGUGGCCACAGUGAGAGCCAUCCGCAGGGAGAAGAAGUUUGUGGAGGAAGUAUCCACUGGCCAGGAGUGUGGGCUAGUACUGGAUCACACUUGCUUCUACGCUGAGCAGGGCGGGCAGAUCUAUGACGAGGGCUACAUGGUCAAGGACGACGCCAGCGGGGAGGACAAAACAGAGUUCACAGUGAAGAACGUGCAAGUCCGAGGAGGGUAUGUGCUUCACAUGGGAACUAUCUAUGGGAGCUUGAAAGUAGGAGAUCAAGUCCAUCUGUCUAUUGAUGAGACCAGGCGGAGGUCAGUCAUGAGCAACCACACAGCCACCCACAUCCUCAACUUCGCCUUGCGCUCAGUGCUGGGGGAGGCUGACCAGAGAGGGUCACUGGUUGCACCCGACAAGCUGCGGUUUGACUUCACAGCCAAGGGAGCCCUGUCUACGCAGGAGAUCAAGAAAGUUGAAGGGAUUGCCAACCAGAUAAUCGGGGAAGAAAAGACCGUGUACGCCAAGGACUGCAUUCUCGCAGCGGCCAAAGCUAUCCAGGGCUUGCGGGCUGUUUUUGACGAGACCUACCCCGAUCCUGUCCGCGUGGUCUCCAUCGGCAUCCCCGUGGAGGAGCUGCUGGCUGAUCCCUCCGGCCCCGCAGGCUCCAUCGCUUCUAUUGAGUUCUGCGGUGGGACGCACUUGCAGAACUCCGGCCACGCUGGCCCCUUCGUGAUUGUGUCAGAAGAAGCAAUUGCUAAAGGCAUCCGAAGGAUAGUCGCAGUCACUGGAGCUGAGGCUCGAAAGGCCCUCAGAAAGGUAGACAGCCUCAAGAAAUUGCUGGCUGACCUAGAUGCCAAAGUGAAAGUCCAGACAGCUCCCAACAAGGAUGUGCAGAAGGAGAUUGCAGAUCUCAGUGAGAUGCUGGCCACUGCUGUUGUCCCGCAGUGGCAGAAAGAUGAGCUGAGAGAAGCUGUUAAAGCACUCAAGAAGGUUAUGGAUGACCUGGACCGGGCAAGCAAAGCCAACAUCCAGAAGCGAGUGCUGGAGAAGACGAAGCAAGUCAUUGAGAGUCACCCUAACCAGCCUCUGGUAAUCAUGGAAAUGGAAAAUGGAGCUUCAGCAAAGGCACUGAAUGAGUCUCUGAAGCUCUUCAAGACUCAGUCGCCCCAGACGGCCACCAUGCUCUUCGCUGUGGAUAACGAGGCUGGCCGAAUUACCUGCCUAUGUCAAGUACCCCAGGAGACAGUGCAGAGGGGCCUCAAGGCCAGCCAGUGGGUGCAGGAGGUGUCGGCUCUCAUGGACGGCAAAGGCGGCGGUAAAGACGUCUCGGCCCAGGCCACGGGCAAGAACGUGGGCUGCCUGCAGGAGGCUCUCAAGCUGGCCACGGACUUUGCGAGGCUGCGCUUGGGCGAGCUGAAGAACUGACGG